AUUUAUUUUAUUUAUCAUGGAUUCGGGAAUGUAUUAGUGCUGUGAAUUAUAGUGCGCUGGGAGCAAAAGACAAGAGAUGUCGAUGCUAGCUUCAUGAGUGCAAAAUGCAAGUCAUGCUGGGGAAAAGAAGAUACUGGCCAGAGGCUGCCUAAAUACUAUCGUGAGCAAACUUUAGAAAUAUCGAAAACCAUCUUCAGCCUCGUAUUUCCCUUGUUUCUAGUUGCACACAAGGUACCUGGAAAGUGCCGCAACAAGAGUUCGAUGUCACAACGACCAGCCCCCUUUUUCUGUUAUAUACACCUCCCUUCGGGGUUUUAUUUUCGGUAGUCGAUCGCUUCCCAGAAAAGGACCAUGCUAACCCUCGGUGUAUCCAUCCAGGUAG